GGAGAUGACUCUUGAAGAGUAUGAAAAGGUACUUGAAGAAAAGAGGAAGGCUUUGCAGGCAUCGAAGACUGAGGAAAGUAAGGUUCCAAUUGACAAAGAGUUUGAAUCCAUGCAGCUUUUGUCGAGCAAGAAAACUGAUGAAGAGAUUUUUGUGAAAUUGGGUUCUGAAAAGGAUAAGCGUAAAGAUGCUACUGAAAAGGAGGAUGAAAAGGAGGAAAGAGCCAAAAAAUCUGUUAGCAUAAAUGAGUUUCUGAAGGCUGCUGAAGGGGAAGCAUAUUAUGGUCGUGGUCGUGGCAGAGGAGGUCGUGGGCGCAAUGGCUCGAGACCUGGUUAUGGUGGAAGAGGGUACAAUGUGGAAACUUUUGCUGCUGCUCCUUCCAUUAAUGAGGCUAAUUUCCCAUCUCUAGGUGGAAAAUAAAUCGGUUGUUGGGUUCUCAAUUUUUUCUCCAGAUACAUUUGCAAUUUUUUCUCUUCUUUCCUAUUGGAAUAUUAUGAUGAUAACCAUAAGAGGACUAAUAAUGGCGUCUUGUGUAUCAAAGUUAGUCAGUCUGGAGAGAAGAUUAUGUGCUCCCCCUACUACUACUACCCUAAUAUUAUUUAUGUUUUAUUAUUACGUUCCUUUGGUAUAUUUUAACAAUGAUUGUUAGGUUCCACUAAAUUAUGACUUUCAAGUUUGAUCAAUAACAUUUUUGGUUUAUUCAUAAAUGUAAUGUCGUUUCUCAG